GCAUGUCUCUGAGAAGUACAAGCACAACUUGCUGAGCAUGGUUGGCGUCGGUUUGCAUUCUGACAAGGAACUGGUUGUGGCCUGUGCCGAGAAUGGCUGCUCGAAGCUGGAGGAGAUCAGGGAGGACUUGCGCGCCGAUGAAGACGUACUCAGGGCUGUGGUGACUGGCAACCCGAUGGAACUUGACAAAAUGCCAGCAGCCAUCAAAGAAGAUCGCAGCUUCGUGCUGGAAUUGCUCCGCCGCCAGGGUGAUGCCUUGAAGUUUGCCAACGCAUUUUGCGAUGAUCGCGAAUGUGUCGAGGCGGCAGUUCUGCAGUCACCGCUCAGCUUUCAAUGGGCUUCGGUGCGUCUUCGCGGUGACAAGGAUUUGGCUCUGCAGGCCAUUGACGCCUGGACGCCGCCGACAUGGCCGAUUUUGCCAGCAGAUCAGCGUGAAACGCCCUUGCGGUUCGCAUCGAGGGAGCUUAGGGCCGACAAGGAAGUUAUGCUUCGCGCGGUGACCAGAGAUGGCAAGGCUUUGGCACUUGCAGAGGCCACCCUGCGAAUGGACCGCGAGGUUGUGACAGCUGCCAUCAAUAAUAACGGAAUGGCGCUGGAAUACGUGCUAAGCCCGAAAGACAUACAUGAAGAUCGCCAAGGGCGAAGCAAACCAGGUAAGGCUGGCUACCGCAGAAGGCAAGAAAGUGCGGGCGAUUUGCUUCAAGACGUCGAGCUGCUGGUGACGGCAGCGAAACGACAUUGCAGGGCCAUACAUUUCUGCCCGAAACAUCUUCGGAAGGAGGUAGAGGAGUUGGUCAAACAAAAGAAGUGA